AUGCUCUCAUCACCCAACCCACUAGAUCGGCCAUGGCGUCAAGAAAUGUAUAAACAACGGUCCGCACUACAAAGCAAGCAUCCAAGACUCAAGUUACCCAUCAAUAAAGAACCCAAACUCCCGCCUAUCGUCAUAUCGGCAGCACACGUCAAGUAUCCUCCCGCACGACACCAAAAACGACCAGAAUGGAAGGGAUUGACUGAUCUUAGUGGACGGAGACGUGUGUAUGUGAGCCGUUUGUGUGAAAAGGUAACGGAUGGGACGCAGAGUGUAUCGAGGGAUCAGAGUAUGUUUGAUGAGCAAAUGGGUGGGACGAUACGUGAGAAACGAUCCCCGAAUCCCUCUGACUCAAACAUAGCGAAGAAGAAACAGCCAAUAUCCGCGAAAGGUCGUGGUAAACAAAGAACCUCACAGAAGGCUCAUGCAAAGUCGGUAAAGGGUUGUCAAGUUGUUCAAAGAAAUACGCACAAUGCGGGUACAAAAUGUGGAAAGAAGCGAAAAAGAAAAGAAUCUCGCGAGGCCAGGAAAAAGCGUAAAAAGCCCAAAUUGGACAACAAAACGGACGAUACCCAUUCCAUACUACAAGAUAUGCCACCACCAUGUAUCAAGAAACCUUUGAUACCCCAUUCAGACCAUGAAUACCGCGACGUAAACACCAACACUCCACCACGCAACCAACCCAACAAACCCACCAACAAUACUCAACACACACCCGAUAUCCUCUCCAACGCGGAACGUUUCUCCGAUUUUGACCCCUUUUGGAUCCCGGAUUGGAUGCCGCCCCCUCACAACGAACCAGAACUCUACACCGAUGACGACGUAUCAGAGGAAGACGUACUAGCAAUGUUACAUGACCCACAUGAUGAUCAAUGUCAUAAUGAAACGAUGCGAGAUGACGAAAAGAGUGAGAUUGUACGAAACGCAGUGUUGAAUAAACGACGGUAUUCUCGUUUAGAUUGUGUACUUGCGAUCGAUAUGACGAAUCCGGCUGUAAAGACCGCUGAGGAUGUGUACAAGGCAAUUUCUGUCACACAUGAUGGAUGUGAACCAAACCGGGAAUAUUCACCAGAGGAAAUUAAAAUGGAGUGUUGUGCGGAAUCGAACAUGGGAGUUAAAUUGGAGUCAAGGGCAGUAUGUGGGGAAAUGUUGGAUGCAAAACUUGUUGGGUUGGAUGGUACGAUGCCGGAUAGUGAUGCAACUGUACACAGUGGAGUGGAUAAGACAUGGUUUGAUGCACGACAAUGUGCUGAUGAGUUUAUAUCAAACCGCGAUAUCCCUCCUAAAUCCGUAUUGAUUUACAUUUUACAUGUAAUGGUGGAAUCCAUGAUGCGGUUCCGGUUGAUACGACGGACGAGGUGGAAUGUUUCUCAUAUCGUCGCGAGUGCCGCGAGGGAUGGGUACGGAUUUUCAGUGGAUAAACUUGUUCAAGAGCUUCAAGUUGUUGAUCAACAGGACACGUGGGAAAAAAUGACGGAAUACAAUAACGAAAAGGAUCGGUUAUGGGCUGAGGGGUACACAGCCGAAUCGCGAGAAGUAGAUUUAGUAGAUUGGUAUGAUGACCGGAACGAUGGAGACGGUCCACUGAAAUCACAAAAGCUGGAGGAUGCGUUAAAUGAUAUGGAUGAGCAAUGGAGACGGGUAUGCGGCAAAAUCAUCAAGGAUGAAAAAGGGAAACCUCCACGACCAGCCGAAAUUGCUUCGAGAUCGUUUUAUGGAUCAUAUGGAACAAAAGAUCAGAAACGGUCGAGUAGGUCUCCAGAAGAGUGUGCACGGCCUGUGGAUUCACAUACCGUGAAAACGGACCCAUCACAUUACCCAAUGCGUAUACACAAGGACGGGGAUGGACGUUACGAUAGUGUGCAGAACGUCCCGUCCAACUCCCCUCAACCAACCUACUACACCAAAACGGUAGUCUUUUUUCCGAAACGCUCCUAA